UGGAUAUCUGGAGGGAGGAGUUUGAUCCUGGGGGAGUGAGCAUUCAUUGCAACUAGUAUUCGGAAGGAACUUCUGGUGUUUAUCACGAAAAACUAAAUCAUAGUGGGAUGGGUAACUGUCAUACUGUUGGACCAAAUGAAGCCCUCGUUGUUUCAGGUGCUUGUUGUGGCUCUGAUGACAAAUCAUAUGUGGUUGGAGGCUGGACCUGGGCAUGGUGGUGUAUCUCUGAUAUUCAAAGGAUUUCACUUGAAGUAAUGACCGUAAAGCCCAAAUGUGAAGAUGUAGAGACCGCUGAAGGUGUAGCUCUUACUGUUACUGGGGUGGCACAGGUGAAAGUGAUGACAGAGGGAGAUCUUCUGGUCGUUGCCUGCGAGCAGUUCCUGGGCAAGUCUGUGUCAGAAAUCAAAAGUGUGAUCCUGCAAACCUUAGAGGGACAUUUGCGUUCCAUUCUCGGCACACUCACAGUGGAGCAGAUCUACCAGGACAGGGACCGAUUUGCCCAGCUGGUGCGAGAAGUUGCAGCUCCUGACAUUGGACGCAUGGGUAUUGAAAUACUUAGCUUCACCAUAAAGGAUGUCUACGACAAAGUGGAAUACCUGAGCUCCCUAGGAAAGUCCCAGACAGCAGCGGUUCGGAGGGAUGCAGACAUUGGUGUGGCUGAGGCAGAGAGGGAUGCUGGGAUAAAAGAAGCUGAGUGCAAGAAGGAGAUGAUGGACAUUAAAUUCCAGGCUGACACCAAAAUGGCUGACUCCAAACGUGAGCUGGAAAUGCAGAAAGCUGCUUUUAACCAAGAAGUAAACACCAAGAAAGCUGAGGCCCAGCUGGCCUAUGAACUUCAAGCAGCCAAGGAGCAGCAGAAGAUUCGACUGGAGGAGAUUGAGAUCGAGGUGGUUCAAAGAAAAAAAAUGAUUUCUGUUGAGGAAAAUGAGAUCGCCAGGACUGAGAAAGAGCUGAUUGCUACUAUCAAGAGACCAGCAGAAGCUGAGGCCUACAGGAUGCAGCAGCUGGCAGAAGGCCUGAAGAUCAAAAACGUGCUGAUAGCUCAGGCUGAAGCAGAGAAGAUUCGGAAGAUGGGUGAAGCUGAAGCCGGCUCGAUUGAGGCUUUGGGAAAAGCUGAGGCUGAGAAAAUGAGGCUCAAAGCACAAGCCUACCUAGAGUAUGGAGAGGCAGCCAAAACUGCUCUGGUCCUUGAGGCUCUCCCAAAGAUUGCAGCGAAUGUUGCCGCCCCCUUAGGCAGAACCAAUGAGAUUGUCAUCCUGAGUGGGGAUGGGAGCCAUGUGACCGGGGAGGUGAAUCGCCUUCUGGCGGAGCUGCCUGUGUCUGUGAAUGCCCUUACAGGAAUUGAUCUAUCCAAAAUUCCCUUGUUGCAGAAGAUGAGCAGCGCUCAGGCAUGAAGUAGGCCACAAUUAUCCUUCUCCACUGGGUCUACUUUACUGCACACACACACAGAUGGUCUACUAAAGAAACAAUCAUUCAGGACCUCUAGUGCCUUCAGUUUGGGAGGAUCAGGACAUCUUCAUGUACUGAUGCCACUUUUGUAAUUUGGAUUUUGAAAUAUUUUUGUUUUUUUAAUGAAUGGAUAAACAAACUUGACAAACCAUCAGUACAUAUUUAGGUUCAGUAAUGUCAGUCUUGCUGUUUAAGGAGGAUGCUACUGUAAAUGGUAGAUCUAUUGUUACUUUUAUUAAACAUAUCACAGGCUACUAAUGUGAAGAAAAGUCUCAGGAGUCAUUGUUACCAUAACAAUAUUGCUUUUAUUUGUGCAUACAAAGGGUAGCAAUUGACAGGAAUAUACUAACAUUAAUCUUUGAAAGCUUCUUAUAUGUGUUGCUAAGCUGCUAAAUGUUUAUUUCCUAUGUCUUACAACAAAAGUUAGUUUUAUAAUAUCUGUAAUCCACAUGGCUGUAAUCCACUCCCAUCACUUGUUCUGUUCUCUACAAAUAUAUUUCCUUAUUUUAAAUAACUAAAGACACAAUACCGUAUCACAUGCAUAAAAUGUCAUGUGAUCAUGUGAUUAUGAUAGAUGUGUAGCUCCUGACAAAAAGGAUUCUUUAUGUACUACUAAUAGUAUGACAAGCAGCUGAGAAAGUUUCACUUUCUAUAUACAUAUUUCCUUGACAUUAUUUCCCAAGUACCCUUUGUCACAGUCACCAUAUUAACCAAAUGGUACAAAUGAGCAAGUAGUUGUUAAAUAGUACCUCAGAACUGAAGUUGCCCUUUCAGCUAAAAUUAUUUACUGGUUCAUUGAUUAAUACAGCCCGCACCCCUGACAAGGAUAAGCAAUUUAUAGAUGGAUACAUGGUUAAUGUAGAUUUCAUUAUUUACCUUAUUUACCUUGUUUACCUUGUCAUGAAAUAGACUCUACUCAUAUUCUAAAAUAUAAACUUAGCAUAACUUCUCAGAGGAGCUACAGGUUUUAUUACAGUCAUUUGGAAGAGAGUUGCAUGGUACUGAUCUCUAAAUUAAGAAGGGGGGCGCAUCUAAUUAAUUACACUGUAACAAGUGCAGCACUUUCAUCAGAAGAUAAUUCAGACCCUGGUAAAUCAUUAAAGGCUAGUUCAUGUAGACGUCAGUAAUGUGGGGGUGUGGUACUGAGUGCUCACUGUCACACUGGACGCAACAAUGCAGUUUUACGCGUGAAUGAGCUCAUCCUAUCAGUUUGUAAUGGAGAAAGGUCCACACAAUUACUUGAAAAUUCUGAGUUCAGCAGCAGAUCACAUUUAUGUAUCAUCACGUAUGACUUGUUGCUGUUAUGCGGAGAACUGCUACACGGGAGAGAAGUAUCCAGGCUGAAAAAUAUCUUCCGGAAUUUUACUGAGGUCAGAAUGUCAUUGGCCCCGAAGUGGCAUUCCUGUAUCAGUUAAAAUAUGCAAUUGUCUGCAUACAUAAACUUGCCUCUUAAGCCAUACUUCAUGCUAGGAAAUAGCUAUGAAAAGAUUGGACUCGUACUCACCUCAGUCAGGGACUACUAUUGUUGUUAAAUAGCUAUGCAUAAAAUUCCAUUUGCAAUGGCUGAGACUGAAAUUUUCAAUCACUGCAUGAUGGUUAUUAGGCAUUUAAUUACUAGCAACCGUCAGUGAUUGUUAAUUGCUGUAUAGUAACUUGGGAGAAUGACACUGAGGAUGCUGGAGCACACUCACCCCUUUAAUACAAUGACAAUGUAGUUCUGCUUUAGCGGGAUGAUGUGCCACUGUUACUGUGCAUCUGGUGAAAAAGAUUUACGGUGGGUAAUUUAAAACCCAAGGACUGGAAUACUUUGCCAAACAGAAUAUCUUGAUGAGCAAAUUCAUUUCAUUAUGAAACUUUAAAAUAAAAGUUAUUUUUCGUGAUAACUUAAAGUAUGUGCUUUCAAUUCCCCACGAUUUUCCAAUUCCAGUCCUGGAGGCCCAGUCUACACCCAGUCUUGCAGAUUUCAAUACUCACACCUUAUUCAGCUUACCAGCCAAUUGCCAGGUUUAGUAGGUGUGUUAGGCAGGUCCUUGCAAACUGGUCCUCCAGGACUGGAACUGGGGAAGCCUGAUAUAUAGCAUUAUAUAUAUAUAUAUAUAUAAUAAUCAUAAUUGUUGGGUGUAUUUUUCUAAAUCAAAUUUUCAGGAGCAGGACUGAUGUUUUUGUUUGUGUGAUUUUUUUUAAAUAUAUGUAUCAUACUGCUGUGUUUAUUUCUCCCACAGGAAAAUAAAGGGCAUUCUUUUUUGUCAAGAAGAGCAAAUAAAGCUGAACAAUGCAUCAUUGAAAUAAUAAAGUUUAUCAAUUUUAUUAA